UUCUUCUUCUUCCUCUCUCUCUCUCUUUUCCUGCUGUGAUCUCUGGGAAAGCCAGUCGCCGCCUUCUGUCAGCCUCCCGCCCCGUCCCAAACAGCCACGGACCCAAACCCGAGCCAAAGACCAUGGUUCACUGUGCUGGCUGCAAGCGACCCAUCCUGGACCGGUUUUUGUUGAACGUUUUGGACCGAGCGUGGCACGUUAAAUGCGUUCAGUGCUGUGAAUGUAAAUGCAACCUGACCGAGAAGUGUUUCUCCAGAGAAGGGAAGCUGUACUGUAAGAACGACUUCUUUCGGUGUUUCGGUACCAAGUGCGCCGGCUGCGCCCAAGGCAUCUCUCCCAGCGACCUGGUCAGGAGAGCCAGAAGCAAAGUCUUUCACUUGAACUGUUUCACCUGCAUGAUGUGCAACAAACAGCUCUCCACCGGGGAGGAACUUUAUAUUAUUGACGAGAACAAGUUCGUCUGCAAAGAGGAUUACCUGAGCAACAGCAACGCUGCCAAAGAGAACAGUUUGCACUCAGUCACUACUGGGAGCGACCCCAGCUUGUCCCCAGAUUCCCAAGACCCCUGCCAGGACGACGCCAAGGACUCAGAGAGCGCCAACGUCUCAGACAAGGAAGUGGGCAGCAACGAGAACGAUGACCAAAACCUUGGUGCCAAACGAAGGGGCCCCCGAACGACCAUCAAGGCCAAGCAACUGGAGACUCUCAAAGCUGCCUUCGCUGCUACCCCCAAGCCCACAAGGCAUAUCCGUGAGCAACUGGCACAGGAGACUGGCCUGAACAUGCGAGUCAUCCAGGUUUGGUUCCAGAACCGGCGCUCCAAGGAAAGGCGCAUGAAGCAGCUGAGCGCGCUCGGGGCCCGCCGGCACGCCUUCUUCCGCAGCCCCCGCCGCAUGAGGCCGCUGGUGGAUCGUCUGGAGCCCGGGGAGCUGAUCCCCAACGGGCCCUUCUCCUUCUACGGAGAUUAUCAGAGCGAAUACUAUGGACCUGGGAGCAACUAUGACUUCUUCCCACAGGGACCUCCUUCCUCCCAAGCUCAGACACCUGUCGAUCUCCCCUUCGUGCCCUCCUCGGGGCCACCAGGAACACCUCUUGGCGGCAUGGAGCAUCCUCUACCUGGACAUCACCCUUCCAGCGAAGCCCAGCGUUUCACAGAUAUACUCUCUCAUCCACCAGGAGAUUCGCCUAGCCCAGAACCCAACCUCCCCGGCUCCUUGCACUCCAUGUCGGCAGAAGUAUUUGGCCCGAGCCCUCCAUUUUCUUCGAUAUCAGUCAACGGCGGUGCUAAUUAUGGCAACCACUUGUCACAUCCGCCAGAAAUGAAUGAGGCCGCUGUAUGGUAGCUUUAAACGUCAGACCUGGACCUAAGCUGGCAGAUCGCCAUCCAUCCUGCUUAUUACUGAGGUGUACAGAAAUGAGUUCAAACAAACACAACAUUUUUUUUCCUGCCCCAAGACAAUAUAUAUUGUUGUGUUUUGGGGAGGGGGUUGCAUCCCGCCUCCCCCCAGUUUUUCUUUUUGUUAAGCUUGGGAAUUAACUGAACCAUUAAUUUCAGAUCAAAGCCCAGGGAAAUUUUGCUAUAGACUGGGGGACAAUCUUCUUAAUAUAGAAUCAACAGGACACACACACAAACACACACACACACAUGCAAAGGAAAAGAAAACUUUUUUUGUAUUGAGUGAAAAAGACAUUGAUGAAAUGGAUGUGUUUUGAUACUGCCAUAUAUUUAUGGAAUGGCAUAUACUGGGUACCUGUGUUCACUAGAUGAUAACUCUAGGAAUCAAGAUACUUUUCUCAGAUAGGAAAAGAAAUUAACAUUGUUUUUUU